UGGGAAAGGGGAGAGCCCUUUUUCCCUUUCAAAAUGGAGGGAACCGGUGACAGGCGCCCGGACGCGUUUCCAGCGGAGGCGCGGAUGUGGUUAAACGAGCGCCGUCGGGGGCCCGGGUGGAGCGCUUCCUCUCCUCCGGCUGGCAGCGCCGCUUCCUCCGCGUCCUCCUUCCUGAACGUGCGCCCACGGCGUCCCCGCGCCCGGCGACUCCCGCGGGGGAGAUGCCUCUCCUGGGGCCUCCUCGGGGUCCGGGUCCGCGACGCCCGGCGGCUCGGCCUUGGCUGCACGGCGGCUCAGCUGCUCCUGGUCCCUGCGGCCCGGCUCCAGCCUCCUAGCUCCUGGCUCCCGCCUCCCGGCGGCUGGGCGCGCAUCAGCUGCGGCGGAGCCGCGCCCCAGGAGCCGCCCCCUCGGACCGUACUACUCGCGCACGCGGGCGGGGGCGCCCGCGGCGGCGGCACUUUGAAGCGCGCGCGCCCGCCGGAUUCCCCCCGCCUUCGCGCCACAGUGGUCGCGCCUUCCCUGCGGGAAGGCGCUUCUCGGCUCCGACCCUGGCCGCUGGCCGAGGACCUGGGCGCCCCCAACAGCUCCACCGGCGUCGGGAGCCGGGAAGAUCCGUUUUCCGUGACGGCGUGGAAGAUUUCAGCCUGUUCGCCUUCAACCUUCAGAUCCCUCAGCAACGCUGCAAGAGUAGCCAAGGGCUGGGAUUUUAGAUGCUUUGUGGCUCCUCAGUCCUCACUGGUGGAAGCGCCGUGGCCAGGUCUUGGGUAAAGGGUGCUAAAUUACCCUGUGAAAUUAUAGC